AUGGCUCACACAAAUGAAUCAAUGGUAUCUGAGUUUGUGCUUCUGGGACUCUCUAAUUCUUGGGAACUUCAGCUUUUCUUUUUUGCCAUCUUCUCAAUAGUGUAUGUGACAUCAGUUCUGGGCAACAUCAUGAUUAUUGUUAUUGUUUUCUCUGACUUCCAUUUGAACUCUCCUAUGUACUUCCUGCUCAGUAACCUUUCUUUCAUUGAUAUCUGCCAGUCUAACUUUGCCACCCCCAAGAUGCUUGUGGACUUUUUUGUGGAGCACAAAACUAUCUCCUUUGAGGGUUGCAUGGCCCAAAUAUUCCUUCUUCACAGUUUCGUUGGGAGUGAGAUGAUGUUGCUUGUAGCUAUGGCAUAUGACAGAUUUAUAGCCAUUUGUAAGCCUCUACACUAUAGCACAAUUAUGAAUCGAAGACUCUGCAUAAUUUUUGUGCUUAUUUCCUGGGCUGUGGGUAUUCUUCAUUCUGUGAGCCACUUGGCUUUUACUGUGGAUCUGCCGUUCUGUGGCCCCAAUGAGGUAGAUAGCUUUUUUUGUGACCUUCCCCUGGUGAUAGAGUUGGCUUGCAUGGAUACUUACGAGAUGGAAAUUAUGACCCUAACUAACAGUGGCCUGAUAUCACUGAGCUGUUUUCUGGCUUUAAUUAUUUCCUACACUGUCAUUCUGAUCACUGUCCAUCACCGUUCCUCCAGUGGAUCAUCCAAGGCACUUUCUACAUUAACUGCCCAUAUCACCGUGGUGAUUCUUUUCUUUGGGCCUUGCAUUUAUUUUUAUAUAUGGCCUUUUAGCAGACUUUCUCUGGAUAAGUUCCUUUCUGUGUUCUACACUGUUUGUACACCCCUGUUGAAUCCCAUCAUCUACUCUCUGAGAAAUGAAGAUGUUAAAUCAGCCAUGAGAAAAUUGAGAAACCAUCAUGUGAGCUUCUGGAAAAACUAG